AGCGCGGUUUGUCGCUUGAUCUCCACUCUCUUCGAAUCUUCGAAUCCGCGGCGGCGUCUUUUGUUUUCCGUGUGGCUGUGGUGCCUUGUUUAUGUUAAUCCGAUAUUUGUAUUUAUAUAUACAGGCGAAAUAUUGCAGAAUUAGCAAUAAAUUCGGCCAAUUUAUCGGACUUCGGUUUUAGAAGCGUGAGACCCGCGAGCUGAAAGCAGUGGAAAAAUGAGUGUGCAGCAUAAGUGAUCGCUGGAAGUGGAAGUUAAAGGGUCAAACCGGUUUUCGGACAACAUGGAGUUGCCACCAGCAGUAGCAGCAACAACAAAUGCGUCGGCAUCCUUGCAACGUGUCGCCUCGGAAUCCAGUCUUGGUCGGGAACGGGAACGACAGCAGGAACAGGCAGCUGCUCCGCCUGGCCAACUGAUGGGCCACCACUAUCAUUACAUACAAUAUCCGGCGCAUUUCCAGCCGCAGCAGUUGCAAGAGCAACAACCCCAGCCACAACUGCCCUGCCAAUGCCCCUGCUCCUGUGGCCGGGCGCCUCCUCCGCCACAGCCCACCAAUCCCAGCCAGAAUGGUUCGAUGGCCGUAGCUGUUCUGGUUCAUCAACAGACUCCCAGUCAGCAGGAGCCGGUGAAGAACUCCCCCCUGAAAACCCAGUCAGCCCAGUCCCUGCUAAAUCACUCUUACCAGGCUCUCCACGAGGAGCAGCAUCAGCAACAGGAGCAACUCCAACUCGACUCUUCAGCCGGCGCCGGGAGCUGUGAUUGUGAUCUGGAAUGCACCUGCCCAGCAACCGGGGGAAACUCUUCCUUGGCCCAGCACAAGAGAAGUCUGCUGGCAGACGCCAUGCUAGGAGCCGACGAGAUUACGGUCAGUGAGUCUGACAACAACAGCACCAUGAUAAAAAAAAAGAAACCGCGAUCAGGCGGAGGGGGUCAGCUUCCCCCGAAGACUCAGCCCACGGGUUCCAGUUGCAACGAUAUCUACCACGAUACUGAACUGGAUGGUGCUGGUGGAGCAGUGGCAGGAGAACCUGGUUCGCGUAUCAAGUCCCAGAUUCUGGACGAUAAUCGCCCACCGCUACCGCCACGUCCUCCACCCAGACCAAGAAGUAAUGCAAACGGUUCUAUAGCCCAUCGCCAUGGAGCUGGGAUAAAGAAGUACGUGGUCUGGUGCCUUAUAUGCGGCGGUUUCAGUUGCCUGCUGGGUGUUCUCUUCCUGGGCGUCUACUUCCUGCUCCAUUCGUACACCAUCACGGUGGGAAACUUCGAAACAGUGCCCACUUUUGUACCCGCCACUCUGCUCAUCCUUACGGGGAUCUGCAUUAUGAGCCUGGCCAGACGUCGAAAUCGCUAUAGUUAUCUGAUUAAGCUAUCUGGAGCCUGUGGCCUGGUUUCCGCCUUAACCUGCGCAUUAGUCACUGUGACCACCACUGUGCUCCAUAUGAGUCGUCUGCAGGCUUUGAGGGAAUGCGAGUAUGCGCAAAAGACGAGGACUUGCACCUGCUACUCGGACCUAAUCGAGUCCCAGGUGGAUCGAGUGGAUAAGGAAGGAGUGCGCCUCGUGUUCGACUCCCUCUCGGAUUGCGGUGUCGUCCAUGGAUCGCUUUACUCUUGCCUGAGGGCCAUCUUUGGGUUGUCUGUUGCCGGAGUCCUUAUCGCCGUCUUCAGCUGCAUGUUGGUGUACCAACUUCUCAGCCAUGAACGGAAGAAAAUGUAUUGGGAGCAGCUAGAGCUACGCUGCAGAUCCUUGUAUGCCAGUCAAGCACCUCCGCCUGCCAUGGGUCCCGGCCGGAUGUUGAACUGCAGAUGCUGCGAGCAGUGCCACGCUCACAGGCAACUGACACUGCCUUUACAGGCUACUGCCUAUCCGUGGGAUGAGGCCACAGUAGCCGCCGCAGCAGCAGCGGCUGGAGGAGGAGGCGGAGAGCAACGCUUUUGGGCCGCCCAGCCGCCGGGUAACUUCUACUCCCCGAAUCCAGGAGGCGAGGAUGCAGUUGGUGCCUGCCGGAGUGGAGAACGGGCAGGGGGAGCAGCCCGCAGCAGCAGUGGCUGGAGCUGGCCCUCGUGGCCCUGGCAACGAACUACUCCGGACACUGGUCGUCGAUUUCGCCAAGCAGCUGCCAGUCCAGAUUCACAGUACGGCUUUAGUUCAUCCACAGCAGUGCAGGGCGAUGGCAACCAGAUGCUGAUCGAGGAGCCCGUAGUGGCUGCCGCCUACAGUGGAAUGCCACCACCCAAUGCCUUGCCCUACGGAGUCUGGGGUCCUCCGCCGCCGUACAGCGAUCCCAAUAGUCCGGCCAGGCGUGGCUACUAUCAGUAUCUACAGCCUACAGCAUGCUUGGUGGGAAAUCCAGGCACUGUCGCCGUCACUCUAACCCAGGAGCAAAUGCAUCCGACCCUGCAACACCAGCAUCCGCAUCCUCAGCAGCAGCAGCAGCAGUUGCAACAACAGUUGCAGCUGCAACGGCUCCAGGUGCAAUCAGCCACUUUGGAGCGGAUGGAUGGCCUUAGCAGCGCUGGUAAUGUCAGUACCCUGGUGGCCGCCACUCGGUCUUCCGCCUACAAAUCAAAGGCGGAGUAUGAGAACACACCGUCAGACAGUGAUGGAGGAAAUCCCAGAGAGAGGGAACGCUGCUCCAAUACCCUGCCCACGCGAAAACUUAAGAAGCGCCUAGAAGCGGGUACCGGAGCGAAGAGCAUAGGCCCGCAGAGCAAUCCCGGCCAACAGAGACCCAAUGUCCAGCAGCUGUUCGCCAAGCAGGAGCAGCAACAACAGACAGUCCAGGCCAAUUCGCAACAGGCUCAGCCUCAGACCGCCGGGGUUGAGAAUACUGGCUACCAGGACUCAAACGGGGCCAUAGCCAAGGAUCAGGCGGUGGGUACGGAUCCCGCAGAGUCCGAGGUGUACUUCGCCGACGUGAGCAGCUGCUGCAACAUGUCCGUGAAGAAUGACAGCUACUACGACAAUGCUCAGCGCCACCAGGGGCACCAUCAUCAUCAUCAGCACCAGCACAGUAAUUGUAGCCACAGUAGUGGGCAGAGCAACGCCAACGAGGAUUACCUGGCGCAACGUUUUGGUCGCGGCAGGGAACACUCCGUCCGGAGCAGGCUGCCCAUCCCACAGACCAGGCGGGAGGACGACUACGAGAGCUCCAAUCUGAACAUGCCCACGCUGAAGGAGCAACAGCAGCAAGCGCAGCAGCUGCAGAAGGAGAUCUCGCGCCAGAGCAUGUGCUCCGUUGAGUCGGAGGCCAAGACGGAGUUCACGGAUCUCUCACCCUCCACGCCCUGCGGCGGCAAUCUACCAUUGCCACCGCCAGCGAACUUCGCUAGUGAUCCGCCGACGGGUCAGCAGUCCCCCAGCUUCGUGGCCUCGUUCCCCUACUCCUCGGAGUCGCAGUGCCUGGAGGCGCAUCGACGCUCUACGAAGAACAUCCACGAGCUGCUGAUAGCUGGAGUGGGAGGAUCCUCGACUGGUGGUUCGGAAUCCCACUACGAGGUUAUUAACGACCGAACCAAUCCCUACCAGCUGCAGCGAACCCAACAAGCCAAGCACAAGACAAAGUCAAAGACGCGAUCGCGGGAGCAGCUGGACAUCUACGGCAGCGGAGCUGAGCGAUCUGACUGGUCAUCGGAUGGGGGUCGUUUGUGAGGUCCCGACAACCAAGAAGUAUUUGUCUAGCAGCGGUUUCACCUUCAUUAUAUUCUCUAAGGAUGUGGAUCUAGUGAAGAUCAGUGAUGGGAAUCUUUGUGCUCAGACUAAGUUCGGAUAUCUUAUUUAUCAUACGAUAUAAGUAUCAUUCAUGUAUCUUGGAUGGUUGAGUGGCGGCCAGGAUACUUCCCGUCACUGCCUAUGGAACCACCUUUGGUUUAGAAUCGUCGCAUUUGUAAUGUUUGCCAUCCAAAAUGAACUCUAUUCUAUAAAAUAUCCUCUCUCCCAACUAUCGAAGGUCCUCGGGGCCCUAAACCUUGCUUUAACUAUUUUACGCGAUAUCCUUUGCAUAGUUUACAUAGAACAUAUAUUACUUAAUACAUAUGGUAGCAUUGAAUUGAAUGUUGACAACUUGUAGCAAUGAUAAUCUAUGGAUAUUAUAUACAAAUUAUGUUAUAUUUACCUGCGUAUUUACAUAGUUGCGUAUACACACACCCAUAUACACAUACAAAUAUAUGACUAGUUAGUUAAAUGUUAGAGCGCCAGUUAAAUUUAUUAAAGAAGUACACCAAGUAUAACCAAAA